UGUUAGUGUUGCUAGCUGCUCGGAAGGCAGGCGAGUGAAGUAGCGCCGCUUCUGAGAUUAACAAACUUCAGCAACUGCUGCCAUGGCGACACUAGUAAACAGUAAGUGUAAACCAAGCCGACAGAGCCUACGCAAAGCAGUGAAACGAAAAUGGCCGGCACGGUUUCAGAGAAGGAGAGAAACUUGUGCAGGAACAAGAGGAGCGUAACCGGCGCGGAGCUCAAAAGGAUGUGUCCGCAACAGAGGGCACGGCACCAGGCCUAUCAGGAGCCGCCCAAAGAAGUGCAGAAGAUGAUAACUGCGACAAAUCAGCGGCUGUGCGCACGAAAGGCAGAAGCGAGGACGCAGAAAGAAAACUGGGAAAAAGAGGACGUGGAGAAGAAACGCCAGGACACGCUGAUAGGCCAGCUGAAGGCUGCCGAGGCUCGGAAUCGAAUUCGCCUCAUGAGACUGCGGUAUCAGAAAGCAAGGGCCCAGGAAAUUAACUUGAUGAUUGCGUGCCAGCCCACUGCACAGAAGGCUGUUCGAUUGGAGAUACUGUUGCCUGCAAAAGUGAGCAAAUUCAGCAUCUCGGAUAGCUUUGACAAACUGGAGAGGAGCAGAAUUGAAGAAAUCCUGGAGGAUGAAAGGGGACUGACAAUAAACCGAGGCUGAAAGUGAAAAUCAAGUGAGGAAGAGGAAGGUGAAUGCACACACAGAGGUGCUGGCUAACUAGGCAACAGUAACUGAGGAAGGAAGCAGCCACCCAUUUUUAUUAGAAAAAAUCUUAAGCAAAAAAAAUAUAUAAUUAUAUAUGAAUAUAUAAUUCAGCCCAUUGAUGCCUUCAUAACAGUGACUUUUUUUCUUUUUCAAGAAGGUUUUUGGAGUUCAUGAAACUGAACAGGAAGGUUAGCAAAUACAGUGUUAACAGCCCAUUAUUCACAGGAGUAGCACC